UACCUUCGCUAGAACUCACCCCAGAAGCUAAACAUGGCAGUAUCAUCACUACCAUUGCUCUCUCUCUUCCUAUUUGCUCUAGUUGCAGGGUCCCAAGCCGGAGGAAUUGCCGUCUACUGGGGCCAAAACUCAGGCGAGGGAACCCUGGCCAACACUUGUGCAACAGGCAACUAUCAGUUUGUCAACAUAGCUUUCCUGGUUACCUUCGGCAAUGGCCAGACUCCCCAGCUGAACUUAGCUGGCCAUUGUAACCCAAGCAUUAACGGCUGUACCGGAUUAAGCAAUGAUAUAAGAGCUUGCCAGAGUCGAGGCAUCAAAGUACUGCUUUCCCUCGGAGGAGGCGUCGGAAGUUACACUCUUACCUCGCCGGAAGAUGCCCGGAAGGUUGCCAACUACCUCUGGAACAACUUCUUAGGGGGACAAUCGAAUUCCCGUCCAUUGGGCGGUGCCGUUUUAGAUGGCAUAGAUUUCGACAUUGAAGGUGGUGGAACUCAGUACUGGGACGUGCUUGCUACGAGCCUCAAUGGGUUUAGCAGGCAAAGGAAGGUUUACUUGAGUGCAGCUCCACAGUGCCCCUUUCCAGAUGCUCGGUUGGGUGGUGCCCUUAACACUGGCCUCUUCGAUUAUGUCUGGGUCCAGUUCUACAACAACCCCCCGUGUCAAUACUCUGGAAAUGCCAACAAUCUCAUACGUGCAUGGAAUCAGUGGACUUCUAUUCGAGCUGGUAAGAUCUUCUUGGGACUUCCUGCUUCUCCGAAUGCGGCCGGCGGAGGCUUCAUUCCGGCAGCUACGCUGGUGUCUCAGGUGCUUCCCUCAAUCAGGUCUUCCCCAAAGUAUGGAGGGGUGAUGCUGUGGUCUAAAUUUUAUGAUAACGGUUAUAGUUCUUCUAUCAAGAACAGCGUUUGAGGCCAGAAAAUGAAAUAAAGAAGAAAUAUAUACGGUUGAGGUGAUUUUCUAGUGUUAUUCACCUCACGCUAAAUAAAUUGCAUUUCACUUGGUUCCCAUCUGA